AUGGUGAAACUCAUCAUCGGUGGUGCGACCGGCUUCGUCGCGACAGAAGUUAUUCGCCAGAGUCUCUCGAACCCUAAGAUCACUGCUAUCUAUGCGCUUGGCAGGAAACCGAUUGCUGUACCUGAGGGCACGGCGCCUGGAGCAGAUACGAGCAAGUUGAAGAGCUUAGUAGUCAAGGACUUUGAAAAAUACCCGGAGGAUGUCAAGGCGCAGCUUGCAGAUGCUGAUGGUGCGAUCUGGGCUCUUGCAGUCCUUCCCCAGAAAACUCGCGGCAUGCCUUUCGAGGAAGUCAAGAAGAUCAACCAGACAUACACACUCAAGGCGCUCGAGCAGAUUGAGGAGGCGCGCGCCGCAGCGGGACAGAAGGGCCCGUUUCGCUUCUUGUACAUCAGUGGCCCAGACACGCCGCGUACGCCCGACGGUCCUACACCGCCGGUCUUCAAGGAGUACAUCCGCUUGAAGGGCAGAAUCGAAGUCGACUGCCUCGAGUUUGCCGAGAAGCACAAGGCCAGCGGCUGGGAGGCUGGCGCCGCAAAGCCCGGUCUCGUUCUUCCCAACCCGCCGGGCCUGCUCAUGACCGUCGUGGGCGCCGUGGCUGGUUUGAUCGCGGGCAAGAUUGGGGUCAGAGAGCUUGCAGCUGCGAUGGUGGACCAGGUGUCGAAUGGAUUUGAGAAGGAGCCUUUGGAGAACGUGGACCUGGCGAGGAUCGGAAAGAAGGCUUUGGAAGCGCAACAGGUUGCUCCUUAG